AUGCUAAUUGCAUCAAGUGAGCUUUACUCGCCUGAGCUGCUCCAGGUCCACGUCGGAACCAAAGGACGAGCCUUUCACGUACCACGGGGUCUUAUCUGUUCGCUGUCUGAGUACUUCAACAAAGCCUUUGGUGAGCGGUUCAUCGAAGGCCAAACCGGCAGCAUCGAGCUCCGUGACGUUCAGGAGUGGAUUUUUGAGUGCUUCGUGAACUGGCUUUACACCAACUGCCUCGCUUGGAGACCCGAUCCUAGCCGCACAUACUCUUGCAGCGGACCGACACCGAUGCCCGACAGCGAUUCGAGUGCGCACGACAUGAGCAUACAAGAGAAUGAUCAGGAGAUUCCAAAGUUUCACGAAGAUACUCGCGAGCAGCCGGUUACCUGGUCAUGA